UCAGGGAGGGGCGGGGCCAUCUGCCUGAACCAGUUGGGUGAGGAAGAAAGAGCAAAAGAUGUGUCUAUUUGUUCUUACCACUGACCAUUAGUGAUAUAUUUCCACAUAAACAUUAAAACAAGUUGCCCAGCUGGAAGUGAAGCCCUAACUUUUGUCACAUCAGCAAAAAAAUUAAGUUUGCUAAACUAAGAGUUUGCUUAUUAGCAGAUAACAAGCUUGUUAGGAAGGACUAAAAGCAGAUAAUUAAUUGCAUUUAUGUGUCAUGAAUUGUAUUAGAGCCUAUGAAUAAUCAAUUUUAAUAAUGAUCAUCAGCCACAACAUUAAAACCACCUGCUUAAAAUUGCACAGACCUGCUUGUGUUGUCAAAGCAGUCAGAGCAUGGGUGCCACAGAUCUUGGGGGCGUUUGUUCUGUCUGGAACGUCAUCUGCUGUAGCCUGCACAUCCUUGAUCUUUGGGGGAGUCUUUGUUGCAUUUUCUUCCAGCGGAGGUGCAUUGUGAAUAAGCUGAAUGAGACAGCUGCCAACAGGGGGCACUGUUGCUAUGUGGAGGUGUGCUUGAUCUGCAAAAGUCUUAAGGUUCAUUGUACAUGUCAAAGUUACAUCCACAACACUGCCAGAAACCAAGGUUUUUAGCAGAACAUAACAACAUUACGGUGAGAUGUUCAAUUAUUUUUUACUUUACCUGUCAGUGGUUUUAAUAUUGUGGCUAGAUUGUAUAACUCCAAACCACUGCAUGGAAAGAGAGGUUCAGCGAUGCUUGUGACAUGGAGCACACACACAGACAUAUCUGAGUAGACUGAAGGACGGAGAAUGUUCAGAGUUUUUGCAUGCGUUCAUAUCAAACUGUUUUCUUGAUCCUUUUGCAUGAGGUUGCUGAAUAUUUAAAUACGCUUUGCAAAUUUGGGGCUUGUUUACAGUCAAGCCUACAGAGCCUGCAUGACCGACAUAUGGUUUUUAAACUCUCCAAAUUUUAUUGGAACAAAUAGCUUAAAUUCAUCAGAUGCAAUCUUUUUCAAAAGAAUAAUUUAUUGGUUGCUUAAGUUCAACCUCUGUGUGGUUAACAUGAACAAAGGCACAGGCAGUGCGGGGCUGCGUGGGAGAAACGGAUCCUGCUAUCAUGCAACAGAGUGAUAUGCUAAUGUCUUUGCAUCAACAUGGAGGCUACUGGCAUGAAGCACUGGAGCCACAGAUGCACCCAGGAGACAUGAAUCAUUUUGGUGUCCGUGUUGUCAUCACUUGACCAACCUACUGAAUCCAUGUUGUUCCAAGAUGAAGAUUGAUACCAGCCUGAAUAUGCCCCAGCUCCCAGAGGCCCUGUCCCAGGCAGGCCUUCAGUUUUCUGUGGCAACUGAGGAGGACUUUGAUGAAAUCAUGGCUAUGAGCCAGGACAUCUAUGGAGGCCUUGACUAUCUACCUACUAGAUACACUAGCUGGCUGCAGGAUACCAACCGCACAGUUAUACUGGCACGCAAACAUGGAAAAGUGAUUGCUCUGGAGUCUGUCUGUGUCAUCGAUGAUGGGGAGACCAUGCUGGUGGAAGGUCUCCGUGUUGCCCCCCAGGAAAGGGGCAAGGGCGUGGCAGGUGUUCUGCUACGCUUUUGUGCUGAGCUGGUUAAAUCCAGGUAUCCAGAGGUCAAAGUAUGCCGCUUGACCCGUGACGAUCAGCUCGGACCAAAGGACUUUGAAAAGUACCGCAUCAUAACUAAGCAGGGAAUCCUGCUGAUGCGCUUUAGAGCUGAAGACCUCAAGCUGCAUCUCUCUGAAUUUGGUCUAGAAGGAGACAAUGAAUCCACUUUGUCCACCUUUUGCUCCAGUCCUCCUCCAGUGCGUCUGGACCACACAGCAAUCCAGCAGCUCUACUUAAACAGUGACCUGCUGCACGGGGUCCUCCCUAAUGCAACCAUCAUUCAAGACUGGCAGCCAUUCAAGCUUUUGCCCAGUAACAUGGCCAUCCUACUAAAGAAGGAGAUUGACUGGAUGGUGGAUGAUAUGUCCAAUCCUACUGUGGCCAGCCUCUGUACCUUCCCUUUCAGGGUCCCCAUUGGAGAUGACUGGUAUUACCUGAACAUUGACAUGUUUGGUAAAGACCUCGCCCUGGCUCGACAGCAGUUCUUGUACCACUUGCAGCGCCAUACUGCCACCUUGAAGGGUCAUGUGAUGUGCCAGAUGUUCCUGGACCCACCGCUUUGGAAGGCCAUGGCUGAAUUCUGCCACAACACCCUGAGUGUGGAGCUGGUGAAAGAGUAUACUGAGCAAUGCGUGGUGGAGUGUGAUCUCAUCUAGUUGCAGAAGGUGGAUGGAAAUAAGGAGAAGUUGUCGAGGCAUGAGAGGAAGGAAGACAAGGGUUUAAACAACAAGGAAGUAACACAAAUCAGUUACAAAUACAAAUAAACACAACACUCUGUACUGAGGAGGAAAAUCAAGUAAACAAAAUGUAGUUUUAGAUACAAAACAAAACCUUGAAGAAUUAACAAUACACAGGUACAUGAUGGGAACUUAAAAUCAUCUACAUCAUGUAAUCAACUACAAUAGGUCUAUGAUUAAUGCUGAAUUUAUAAAGUUUAUAAUAAUUAACUGGUACACUGGACGCGUUGAUUUUGCUACUGAGGUGUAUUUAACAUGUUGUUUCCUCAAAAAACAAGAGAAGGAACAAAAUAACACAAAUACCUCUUUCCAUGGAUCUAAAAUGGACUUCUGGAAAAACACUAAAACACCCUGUUGUUUUUUAAAUGAUUUUCAAAGAAUGAUCAAAUCUGAUAGAGUCCAACAGAGUCACAUAGAAUGUGAAUACACUUGAGGAUUAUUGGUCCUGCCAAGAGGUCGUGAAGUCAAUCAGAAGUUAAAAAAGUUCUUUAAUUUCACUGAAAAAACAAACUGUUUUUGUCAUUGCUAUAAGUCUUGAGCGGACCCUAUUGCAGUUGAGCUACAAAGAUGUAAAAAAAAUUUAAAAAGUGAUGAACGUGAGGAUACUUUUCCCAAACACUGUUGCAAAGUAAAAUUGUGCAAACAACAUGCAAAAGCUCAUUUUCAAUUCUGUUCUCUGUGUAAAUAUGGAAAUUCUAAAUAUGUGUAAUGCUGAAUUGGGUUGUCAAAUCUGCACAUUUCUAAAGGCACUUUAUUAAAACUACCCUUGAAGGUUGUGUCUACAUUAUAAUGAGAAUCAAUCGUUUGGGAUCAAAAACAGCGCCCUCCAGAAUGUUUGGGGCAAAGACAGCACAUUUUUGCAGUUUGUCUUUAAACAGCACCACAGUGGAAAUCAAUCUAUAAAUCAAUAUGCUACUGAAGUGCAAGCUUUCAGGUUUAAUUUAAGGGGUUUUACAAAAAUUAUGCUUGAGCUGUAUAGUAUAAAAUGGCGUAGUCCCACUACCUUCAGAUGUUCAAAAAUGAAUGGAACAAUUGACUGAGAAAUGCUUUUGUGGCCAGGUGAGGCCUGCUUCGUUGUUAUUUAGUGAAAAAGAAAGCAGACAUAAUAUUUGAAGGUUAAUCAGAAUUCAAAGUGUUGACUUUUAUAGCGUUUCACUGUAAAUUUAAUGUAAUUUUAAAACGAAAUUUUGCAAGUGAGGAAGGUCGACAUUACCAAAGGUUGAUUCUGUUCAUCUGGACGUUUUCAGUGGGAGAAAAGUUUCGUCACUCAUCCAGGUGGCUUCUUCAGUCUCAGCUGACUGCAGGUUUCCCCAAUCUUAUAAACAGCAGGAAAUAGGCUGGAAAGCUCCAGCCAAUCCAGGAGAGAAGGGCAACCGCUGACUAAGAGAAAACCUGUAGUGAUCCCGUAUGUGUCAGGAGUAUUGGAAGAGUUGAGACGCGUUAUUUCUAUACACCGCAUCUCUGUGGCUUUUAAACCCCAAAACACGCUGCGCCAAAAAUUGGUCCACCCCAACAAUCGGGUCCCCCAUCACAAACAGAGUAACAUAGUGUACGGUGUUCAG